GAACUUGCGUCCCUCACAGUCUAUCGAUCGUCCUGUCCGUGAAAGUGCAGCAUCGUGUCGUCACUAGUCUGGAUUCUCUACUCUAGAGUAGACGACCUUAUUUUAUUCGCGCCUGAGAGACACUGCCGACACGUUGCGAAUAAUCGAUCUAGAUUAGAGGAAAUUCGUUGACGUUCGACUGUCUUCGUGUGUUGCGUACAGGCUAGUCCGCAAGGGACAGUUUAGUAGAGAAGCGUGAAUAGUGUUGCAUCUUGGUACCCAUUCAGCUCGAUGAGACACACACGCGGGCGACGACGAAUGCCCACACAAUCAUUCCUCUGGUGGUAGACGUACGUGUAUGCCAUGACGACGUCGCAAGAGAACGGUACUGAUGUCGGUCUCGUGAGUGGUAAGCCCAACGACAAAGCCGCAGCUCGGAACGAUUGCCGACGCCAGCGAGCGCGGGGCAUGUUGGCCUUCUUGCACCCCAAGGUUUGGUAUUUCCCCUACGACGCCGUCAAGGUUCACAAAGAGAUGGCGCCGAACACGACAGUCCGACAACGCAAACGACAUCGGCGAGAACAACAACAACAAUAUAUACCAGAGAGCACGGCUAUAAGAAUACCUUUAGCGGAAUUGAUCGACACCACGACACAACUCGUGGUGCUCUGUUUUUUGGACGAUUCGCAGAGUUUUUCGAUCCGCAUCCGGAAUCGCUUGGUGGAACUCGCGGCCAACUACCCCUCCGAGAUACUGGUGGUUGGCGUGGGUUCCGUUGACUGUUCCGACGAUCGCGAGCUUGCUUCCUCCGGGACGCAUUGGAAUGCCACUUUCUGGAACCACACGGGAUUGGUAUUGACGUCCCGCACAGCCGCAUUGCGGGCCGUCCUACCGACCGUGCAAUCCCGAACUCCUGCGUUGGUGCUUUUGCAGGCGCCAAGCGGUCAACGCGUGGCCGGGGCGAGUGCGUACGAAGAGUUGGCCUUGGAGGGGAACGCCUCGGUGCACGAAACGGCGUUACGGUGGUUGGCGGGGGAGUCGGCCUUGUCGAAAACGCAGCAAGUCGCCGCCGCUGCUGGGCUCGUUCCCGCGUGUGCUCUAUUGUAA